AUUUAUCCCCACAUCAUCCGCGCCAUGGCUCCCGGCCGCGCGGCCAAGAAGCCUCGCAUCACCCGCCGGAAGCGUCCCGCCGCGGCCCCGGACCGAAACGCUGCGGUGGCUCCAGAGCCGCUGGCGGCUGGGCAGCUGGUCUUCCAGGAGGAUGCCUUGGUUGCUGCUCAGGCCUUGCGAAGAGCUGAAGAUUUUGUGGCGCAGCAGCCCUUGUUCUGCGCCAACUGUUGUGGCCCCUGCGGUUCGUUGCUGGUGGAUUUGAGCCUGGCCAACCACACCAUCCACCGUGCCGAGCUGCUCAACGUGGUGCGCACCAGCGCCCGCGACGGCGAUGUGCAGCGGCUGCAGCGCUGGUUGGACUUCGCCACCAAGCGCGCUGGCUUGCCACAGGUGCCCGGGGCGCCGGAAGCGCCAGGACUCCAUGUCAUGGAUGUUCCUGACACGUCCCCCCAGGCGGACCUUUGUUUUUGCUCCCUGGAUUGUCGGAACACUUUUCCACCAGAGAUGUGCAUGGAGAAGUCUCCAUUGCUCUCAGCAGCCAACAAGCUGAUUGCAACAGCUGCCUUGCUGCCUGGGGGCAAUGGCUUACGCUCCAAAGAUGAGUUUAUGACAUUGCUCCAGCCCCUGCUGCAGUGUGUGCGCGGGAGGUCUAGGCUGUCAUUCAGCCAGAGUAUGCUUGAGGGCUGCCAUCGCAGAUUGAUUGGGGUGCUGGCAGAGAGGAUUCCAGGGACAAAGGCGAUGGCCAGAAAGGCUGCGAGGGCUUUGGUAGCUCCCGAGCUCUACAGUCGCAUUGUGGCAUCCCUGGACACCAGAUCUUGGUCUCUCAACGGCGAAACACUGCCAUCCCGCCUGGGGCAGUACUGCGAGAGCGCCUUCGCUCCCGGCAGUGCGAUGGCGCCUGCCUUGCAGAGUGAGGCGGCUCAGGUGCUGGGGCCGGUGCUGGACGAUCUCCUCCAAUUGCAGGAGGAGUUAUCGGAAAGCUCAGCUGAAGAGGUGGAGUUGGUGGUUCCACUGCCCCAAACCAACGAGGCCAAGAAGAGUUCGGUAGUCUUUUGGCCCAAGCUGUUAAGUGAUGAGGAGAUUGAUCAGAUCCUCCAAUUCAGCGCGAAAAUGAGGGGGGAAUCUGAAGCCCAGUGGUCCACGUGUUACCUGCAGUCUGGGGGGGCGCAUGGCUCGCUGCAGCCCAUUUUGAAGAAGCUGAAGGAUUUGGCACUGCACGUGGAUGCCAGGCCAGGUGGGUGGAAACGACUGCAUGGCGAUUUGCACACGCGCCUGCGGUCACGAUGCGUGGAACAUCAUUCCGUAACCACUGGUGGGGCACUGCCGGAUCCUACACACUUUGAUGGUGGCUCACUCUUCACCAUUGAUGUGAUGCUGAACACGCCUGGGGUUGACUUUCAAGGCGGUGAAUUCUGCACUAUGGAAAGUGAUGACACCCUCCAUCCUCACCACUUUGGGAAAGGCGAUGCCCUGGUCUUUCUGUCCCACAAGGCGCACUGUGUGCAGCCGGUGACCAGUGGCCUCCGGCAGACAUUGGUCAUGGAACUCUGGGAGGGCGAAGAGAGGUGUUGUAACCACCGCUGUCAGCAACGUUGGGGCCCCUGCACCGGCAGCAGCAGCACGGCUCCCAGCCUCCAGCGGCUGCGGGAGGAGGGUCCCAACCUCUUCGCAGCCACGGCCUUCGACGGGGUGGCGUUCUUCCCGUCCCUGGGGCGGAUCCUGCGGCAGAGCGCCAAACGACGCAAGGCGGAGGCGAACGUGGAGGUGCUGUUCGAAGAGGUGAAGCCCAAGGCAUUUGUUAGGACCACACGGAAAAUUCGGAAGGGAGAGAUGUUGGUGCUGAAGUGAAAAA